AUGGCCACGUCCUCGCCGGCGGCGGCGGCGGCCGCGCGGGGCGCGCUGACGGAGCAGAAGUUCUCGGAGAUGUCCCCCACGUUAUCCGAGGAGGUGGUGGAGGCACUACACCGCGGAGGCUUCCGGCGUUGCACGCCGGUGCAGGCGGCGACCAUCCCGCACCUGCUGUCACAUAAGGACGUCGCAGUCGACGCUGCCACCGGCUCCGGGAAGACCCUUGCCUUCAUUGUUCCCGUCGUCGAGAUCCUCCGCCGCCGCUCCUCCCCGCCCAAGUCCCACGAGGUUCUUGCUGUCAUCGUCUCUCCCACGAGAGAAUUAUCCUCACAGAUAUAUAAUGUGGCGCAGCCCUUCUUCGCGACACUGAAGGGCGUGUCAUCCAUGCUCCUGGUUGGUGGGCUGGACAUCAAGGCAGAGCUCAAGAGAGUGGACGAAGAGGGUGCAAACAUAUUGGUGGGCACUCCCGGGAAGUUGUAUGAUAUUAUGCAGCGAGAAGAUGCUCUAGAUUUUAAGAAUCUUGAGAUUUUGAUUCUGGAUGAGGCUGAUAGGCUCUUAGACAUGGGAUUCCAGAAACAGGUUAAUUUCAUACUUUCAAAGUUGCCGAAGCUUAGGAGGACUGGGUUGUUCUCAGCUACCCAGACAAAAGCUGUUGCGGAACUUUCCAAAGCAGGGUUGAGGAAUCCUAUGAGGGUUGAGGUUAAGACAGAAGCAAAGCCGACAAGCAAAGAUGCCGGUCAGCAAGAGCUUGGUCCAUCCAAAACACCAUUGGGGCUUCGGUUGGAGUAUAUGAUAUGUGAAGCAUCAAAGAAGUCGUCUCAGCUUGUUGAUUUCCUUGUUCAGAAUAAUGGAAAGAAAAUAAUGGUAUAUUUUGCAACAUGUGCUUGUGUAGAUUACUGGGCUGUGGUUCUUCCACUGCUUAACUCACUAAAAGGUUCUCCAAUAAUUGCCUACCAUGGGAAGAUGAAACAGGGGCCUCGAGAGAAAGCUUUGGCAUCAUUUUCUGCUCUUUCAAAUGGUAUUCUAGUCUGCACUGAUGUUGCAGCAAGGGGCCUUGACAUACCAAGUGUUGAUCUGAUUGUGCAGUAUGAUCCACCUCAAGAUCCCAACGUUUUCAUACAUAGAGCUGGUCGAACUGCACGUUAUGAUCAGGAAGGAGAUGCUAUUGUAUUUCUCUUACCAAAGGAGGAUGCUUAUGUUGAGUUCUUGAAGCUUCGAGGUGUUCCUCUCACAGAAAGGGAGUGUCCCUCAAACACUGAAGAUGUUGUACCACAGAUUAGAAGCGCUGCACUCGAAGAUCGCAAUGUCAUGGAAAAAGGACUUAGAGCAUUUGUUUCAUUCGUUCGAGCAUACAAGGAGCACCACUGCUCUUACAUUUUCAGAUGGAAAGAUCUUGAGAUUGGAAAGCUAGCUAUGGAGUAUGGUUUACUCCAGAUCCCAUCCAUGCCAGAAGUGAAGCAUCAUUCUCUUUCAUUGGAGGGAUUUAUUCCUGUAGACGAUGUUGAUGUUACACAAAUCAAGUACAAGGAUAAAGCUCGAGAAAAGCAACGCAAGAAGGCAUUGAAAAGGAAAGCAGAAGAGGAAGCUCAGAACCCAAAGCCAGAGAAGAAGAGAGCUCGGGAGAAGCCCGAGAAACCAAAGCGAAAGAAGACAGGCAAGCAGCGGCAAUCGGUCCAAACCAAGGAGGACCUGGAUGAGCUGGCGCAUGAGUACAGGCUCUUAAAGAAGCUGAAGCGUGGAGACAUCGAUGAAGACGAGUACGAGAAGCUCACCGGGUUCGGAGACUCUGAUGGUGAAGCCUCAGAUGGGGACGCGAGUGACUUGGACGAGAAGGAGAGGGGCAACAAGGCACAAAAGAAACUCAAGCAGAGAGGGAAGGGUAGAGGAGGGGCUAGGAAGUUUGAAGGGAAGAGUAAAAUGAGGAGCAAAAGGAGAUAGGAAUGCAUACAAUGUUGUUAGGAAAACCAUUUUUUUUCCGGUAAUCUUGAUUAAAUCUUUCCACUUUCCUGAGAAUGUUUGCGCAGGUAGUAUGCAUGUUCCGCGACGGACAGAUCGUGCUAACUGAUGGUUGGAGGGUGGGAAUCGUUGGGAGAUUGGAGGGAGCCCCUGCUGGGAAAUUUUUAUCUG